GGGGGCUUUGCAGCAGCGUAGAGGAUGCUGUAACCCAGAUGCUGACUUCUAUAGGGUUUGAUGGAGAGCUGGUCGAAUGUCAGCAGGAACUAUCGUUAUAUCCGGAGGAAUUCUCGCCGGAGUGAUCCUGCUGUGCAUUGUAGCGGUGCUGUGUUACUGUAGGCUCCAGUAUUACUGCUGUAAGAAGAGUGACUCUGAGGUGGACGUGGGCUCCGUGGUGGGGGCGGACCCCCUCGCGCACUUCCCCUGCAACGCGUGCAACGCGCUCGCCAUGGACGGCGCGGCCGUGGCCCCGGUGUCUCUGGACCAGCUGGACUCGGGCCCGCGACUCGACCGCUGCCCCACCUGCUCGCCGUACUCGCUCCGCUCCGGACUCACGGACGACCUGCGGAACGGAGGCGAGCGGCUGGGCUUCCACACCUACUACGAGAACCCGUGCGUGGCCCUGCCGCUGUGCGCCCACCCGCAGGGCUCCGCCCACAACCCGCAGGGCUCCGCCCUCAACCCGCAGGGCUCCGCCCACAACCCGCAGGGCUCCUCCCCUCUGAUUUACUACGGUCCCACGGACAUGUUCCCUCCCCCGCCACGCCCCUACAGCACCCAGGUCUGA